AUGCCGGCCGGCCCUGCCCCUCCUCAGCAUCACGAAGCUCAUCUCGACGACGACGACGAUGACGACGACAGCCAGGUGGCCAAACUACCUUUACCUCCGAGCAACGUCCUCCGUGUAGCUCCUGGAAGACUCGUAGACGAUGUGGAUGAGGAAAUCUUCCUCCUCUACACUCUUAACGCCAAAUCGCAACAUGAUGGAGGUCUAGGAUACGUCAAUUCCUCCGACGACAAAAUCUAUGUCUCCAUUGACGGCGAUAAGUGGUCGUCUGCACUCUCGGAUCGCAACUUGAGCGGAAAGAUCAUCGUUCCCAUCUACCAGCACGUCACCAGUUUGCGAUCGAGCAAAGGUGACACGGGAAGCGUACUGUGGAGGUCUACCGUGGAGCUCGCUAUCCGGUUCCAUCAAGGGACGCUGUUCGAUCUGUCGCUCUUGAAGGAUGCCUCGGUGCUCGAGCUGGGUGCGGGAACAGCUGCCUUACCUGCCAUGGUAGCUUCCCUCGCAAGUUCUUGGCUAGCUACAGACCAAGAUCUACUCGAACCGCUCAUGCGCAAAAAUACGGACGGCUACAACAACGUCACAGUAGCAUCGCUCGAUUGGUUCGACUUUCUCAACCCUCCAUCCGCCCACUCUGCGCAGUUGAGGAAGAAGCACAUCCUCGAUCAUGUAUCUCGCCAAUCACAAGGUCCAGAUGUCAUCAUCUGCUGCGACUGCAUCUACAACCCGGGCUUGUUCGACGCUCUCAUCGCCACUCUCAACGUCUUUACCGUCAAGCAGAGGACCGUCGUCCUCGUGUCGUGUGAGAUGAGGAGCGACGAAAGUCUGGCUGAUUUCUUGACGAGGUGGAAGGCAAGCGACCAAGAUUGGCGCAUCGUCAGUUUAGAAGAGAGGUUCGAAAAGGGCUUCGUCGCUCUCGCCGCUUGGAAGGCCUGA